AUGACAAUGUGGCUCGUGCUGACGUUGCUGACGGUGGCAGCUGCCGCCACACAGGGAGUAAACAAGAUAAUUGGGGGAUACGAGUGCAGCCCCCAUUCACAGCCCUGGCAGGUUUCCCUGAACACUGGGUACCAUUUCUGUGGCGGAUCCCUCAUCGCGGACCAGUGGGUGCUGUCAGCUGCCCACUGCUGGUACUACCCUGACUCCAUGCUGGCAGUCCUGGGAGACCACAACAUCCAGGUCUUUGAACACACCGAGCAUCUGAUGCGCAUCGAGACCAUCAUCUUGCACCCCAGCUAUGAUGACCAGACACUGGACCAUGACAUCAUGCUCAUCAAGCUGGCCCACCGCAUCCAGCCUGAUGCCUACGUGCAACCCGUUCCCCUGCCGACCGUCUGCCCAGAGGUUGGGUCUCUCUGCAUGGUGUCAGGAUGGGGUAACAUCCUCAGCGAUGGCUUGCUAAGCGCCAAGAACCUGCAGUGUGUCGAAGUUCCCAUUGUGAGCGACCAGAUGUGUGAGCGCUCCUACCCCGGGAUGAUCACCAGCACCAUGAUGUGUGCUGGGUACCUGGAAGGAGGCAAGGAUGCAUGCCAGGGGGAUGCUGGUGGACCUCUGGUCUGCAAUGGGGAGUUGCAGGGCAUCAUGUCCUGGGGAUUUGGCUGGGCACAAAAGGAUCACCCUAGCAUCUACACCAAGAUCUGCUCCCUGCUGUCCUGGAUCGAGAGCACCAUGGCCGCUAACUAG